UGCAGAAAGACUUUGGACCAGUUAUUAAAUCCAAGGCUUGAACUUCUUUUUACGACCGUGUCCUGACAGACCAGAGAAACCAGGAAGCAUCUGUUCCUCCCCAAAGAGACGCAGGCUGAAAACCAGACGAUCAGAUUCACCUUCCAAACCAAACUGAACCAAACCAGACCAAACGUCCUGAGCGAGUCCAGCUACAGGAGAGAAGAGUCAAACUACAACCUGCCGACGCUCCUCACACUGACCCUUCACCUGGAGACUCAAUGGCUUCCAGAUCAGAAGAGGAUCUCUGCUGUGCCGUCUGCCAUGAUGUCUUCAGAGAUCCUGUCAUUCUGUCAUGUAGCCACAGCUUCUGCAAAGUCUGUGUGAAGAGCUGGUGGAAAGAGAAAGAAGUAAAAGAGUGUCCACUUUGUAAGAGAAGAUCUUCAAAGUCAGAACCACCUUGUAACCUGGUUUUGAAGAACCUGUGUGAGGCCUUCUUACUGGAGAGAGAUCAGAGCUCUUCACCUGCUCUCUGCAGUCUGCACUCAGAGAAACUCCAACUCUUCUGUCUGGACGUUCAGCAGCCAGUGUGUCUCGUCUGCAGAGAUUCAGAAAAACACACUGACCACAGAUUCAGACCCAUCGAUGAAGCUGCACAACAAAACAAGAAGCAGCUUCAGGAAACUCUGGAGCCCUUGAAGGAGAAGUUACAGAGUUUUGAAUGUGUUAAAUUAGAGUUUGAACAAACAGCAGAACACAUUAAGGUCCAGGCCGGACGCACAGAGACGCAGAUCAAGGAGCAGUUUAAAAAGCUUCAUAAGUUUCUGGAGGAGGAAGAGGAGGCCAGGAUGGCUGCACUGAGGGAGGAAGAGGAGCAGAAGAGUUGGAUGAUGAAGAAGAAGAUUGAGGCUCUGAGUAAAGACAUAAUGGUUCUUUCAGAUACAAUCAGGACCACAGAGGACGAGCUGAGAGCUGAAGACAUCCCGUUCCUGCUCAACUACAAGGCUGCAGUGGAACGAGUCCAGCAGCGCCCCCUGCUGGAUGAUCCACAGCUGGCCUCAGGAGCUCUGAUAGACCAGGCCAAACAUCUGGGCAACCUGAGCUUCAACAUUUGGAUCAAGAUGAAGGACGUGGUCUCCUACAGUCCUGUGGUUCUGGACCCAAACUCUGCUCAUCCAGUGUUUGUCCUGUCUGAAGAUCUGAUCAGUUUGAGACGAGGUGAGAAACAGAAGCUUCCUGACAAUCCAGAGAGGUUUGAUCGAUACACCUCAGUCCUGGGAUCUGAGGGUUUUAACUCAGGGACUCACAGCUGGGACAUCCUGGUUGGAGACAGUACACACUGGACGCUGGGUGUGUCAGCAGAGCCAGUCAAGAGGAAGGGAGACAAACUGUCUGGAACAUGGAGAAUAGGGUUCUAUGAAGGUAAAUACUCAGCAGGGUCACCAUCAGGAUCAUCUGUUCUCUCUGUGCAGAAGAUCCAGAGGAUCAGAGUGAAACUGGACUGGAACAGAGGAGAACUGUCGUUCUCUGAUCCUGAUACUAACAAACACAUUCACACCUUAACACACACUUUCACUCAGAAGAUGUUUCCAUUCUUUGGCAUUAGAGGUCACUUGAAGCUGUUACCUGUGAAUGUCUCUGUGACGCUGGAUCAGAGCAGUUAGAGAUAAAGAUUUUAUUCAUCAUGUUUAUUUCUUCAAGAGAAAUCUGCUGAAUUUAAAUGUUAAACUCGUUAUUCUAUUAUUAUUAUCCUCCUUUUCUGAUCUUUAUAGUGUACGAGGGGAAUUUAUUGAACGAGAGUGAAAAUAAAUGAUUUUUCACAAAUAACAAAGAUCAACAGAUGUUAAACUGGUGUUUAAGGGAAACAGAGAUUUAAGUGUAGUGAACGCGACCGAGACGAUCGAUUCAAAACACAAGAAACUAGCUUCACUUGGUUUUAUCGGAUUCAAACGACGUGUAAGUGAGAAAACGUCCAUGAACCUACUUUAAGUUCGUCUCUGUUCAGCUCAUGUUCCUCUGGCUCUUGUUGCUUUUAUUCAUUUCUGUUUUACACCAGCAUCGUUUACCUUGACUGCGACUACAUCCAGGCACCCCGUCGGACUCGCUCCUGUUGAACACAGAAACACACACACAUAAGUAAAACUUAGCCAUAGCAAAAUUAAGCUAGCGCUAAGUGUGAGAAACUCGAGGGACUAACUGAGAUAUGUCUCAGAAAUGUUGAUUAAAUAUGGCGACGCCUGCGAUCUAGUUCUGGCAGGCAACUCGAGCUGAGCUGCGCCAAUCAUGUGACAUACAUCAUGUAACAUACAUCAUGUGACAUACAUCAUGUGACAUACAUCAUGUGACAUACAUCAUGUGACAUACCUCAAUCUCCACAACCAUCUAUAAUACACACCCAUCUUAUCAGGUGGUCUAUUUAACCAGAGAAACAUUUCCCAUCAACCCCUCUUGCUCGCACUGCUGCUGCAGUAUUGCUACCUGUUGCUACAGUCCCUCCACCACCCCAGCAUCCACCUGUAGGCUCCAACGGGGGGUUACAAGUAUUUGCUCAUCACUCCCAUCAUUCCUGUGUAAUCAUAUGGGGAGUGAUUAAGUUGGAGCCUGGACGCCAAACACUAAAUCUGUUGUAAUAAAUAUAUUACAUGAUCGAACGUGAGUUGUCUGACAGAACUACUAUGUAUUACUCACCCUAUUUAACUGAAAUAAUUAAUAUAUCUGAAUAACUCACCUAAAUAUUAAGGAUGACAAACGAGCAGGUGGGAGUUCUAGUGCAGGUGCUGGUUAGUCGGUUAACAUCUAUGAAUUGUUCCACUGCCGUCUAUUCAAACUUUAUCAGUAUCCGGUCAGUGAAGCGCAUUAGCUAACCAUGUUGGAUUCAUUGAUUUGAAGGACCUCAUUCUCAUUAGGUGGAUAUGAAUAAAUUAUAUUCAUCAGAAAUGUCUUCAAGUCAUGAACACCAAACAAGAACGAGUCAUGUUAUGAACAUAAACACGAUUAAUUCAUUAAUGGAAACAUAAUUCUAGUUAACUAAUAAAACACAUGACCAAGUUGAUUCUUCAGUUAGUUUGUGUGUUUAU